CUCUUGCUCCGCCCUUUCCCCGCAUACCUCACCCCCCUCGUCCACUCCUCGGAGGCGACAACCGGAUGACUUCCAGAUCGGCGGCAACCGCGCGCCGGGUCGCGCUGCUGGCUCUCGGCAGCCGCAUCGCCUCCCUGGGCCUGCUGGUGCUGCCGCGGCUUCUGCUUCGGCUUGACCCGGACGACACAUCCACCGCCCUGGCCCUGGGCAUCGGCAUGAACUCUGGCGAAGAUAACCCGGCCCCACUGCAUGUGCGCGCGGCCGAGGCCCUCAUCCGCUGGGAUGCCAUUCACAUGCAUGCGAUCGCCGCCGGUACGCCGGCUCUGGACCGGUGGGCCUGGUGGGAGCCAGUCCCCGGCGGCUGGGCCGACUGGGGCCACACCUUCGAGCAGCAGCAUGCCUUCUUCCCUGGUCUGCCUGCGGCCGCCCGCGCCAUCGCCUUCGGCUGGGCGGCGCUCUUUUCGCCUGAUGGGCGCCCCUCCCGUGUGGCCCUCGCCCUGUGGGGCGUGAUCCUGUCCAACGCGGCCUUCGUCUUGGCGGCGGUCUUCCUCUUCCUACUGUCCCAGCAGACCUUUCGCAAGCUGGGUCCCCGGCGGGCCGACAUGCUGGGCGUCCUGGCCUGCGUGGCAUUCUGCCUGUCCCCCGGUGGGGCGUUCAUGUCUUCAAUGUAUACCGAGUCCCUGUUUGGGCUGUGUGUUUUGGCUGGGCUGUGGUGCCGUUCGAUCGGCUGGACACUGCCCUGUGGGAUGUCCUUCUUCCUGGCCUGCUUGAUGCGCUCCAACGGCACGUUGCUUGUGGGCUAUCCGUUGUUUGAUGCGGUGUCGGCCGUGCGCCAUCGCUGGGCCGCUCGCGGGGCCCCCCUCCCAACCACCGCCUCACUGCUGGCGGAGCUGGGCCGCUGUGCCUUUGUCGCGGUGGCCACCCUCACGGGCGCCCUGUUGGUUGCCCUCCACGGCUAUCGGGAGUUCUGCACCCCGGAAGCCGUGGCUGGCGCGUCGGCGGCCGGUCUGACACCGCGACCCUGGUGCACCAAUACCCUGCCCCUCAUCUACGGCUUCAUCCAGAAGGAGUACUGGGACGUCGGGCUAUUCCGGUACUGGCGGGUGGGACAAAUCCCGAACUUCGUGCUGGCCCUGCCGGCCAUGCUGCUGGCCGGGUACACGGCCUGGCGUGUGGUGCCGCCGCUUUGGCGCCGGUGGGCGUCGCUCGGCCUCCUGACGGCGGCCAAGGCGCCGGCCGGGGAACCGGUGGAUGUGCCCUUGUUGGCGCGACAUGACCUUCAAUUUGAGUUGCAUCCACAUUUGAUGUUGUGGUUUGUGGCACACCUGGCCAUCCUGCUGUCGGCCCAUGUGCAAAUCAUCCACCGCUUUGCGGCCCCCUUCCCAGCCGCCUAUUGGGUGGUGGCGAGCAUGCUUCUACCGGGGGAAGACUCGGCCCAGGCCCCCAGCACUCCUGCCCCUGUGGCCGGGGACCCGCACCCCUCCCCGGCCGCGGACCCGACGCCCAAAGACCCGCCGGUCCCCAUGCAUGGGCCCAGCGCUCGGGAUAGCCAAAUGGCAAGAGUGUAUUUGGCAUUCGGCGCCGGGUACCAGGCCGCCACGUGCAUUCUCUUUGGGCACUUUUACCCGCCGGCCUGAGCGCGCACGGCAGCAACAGCAGCA